UCGUCACACAAACAGGCCGCAAAGAUUUUACCGCGCUUGGAAUGUUUCCAGUCCCGUGUAUUUAGCGAAGUGGGCUUUUUUCAUCAUACGCCUUUCUCCCGUUUAGCACAGAUUUGACUGAUCAUCUUUGCUUUCUUUCUAGUUUCUCUACUUUGCGAGGGUUUCUCGCCAUGGCGUCUUCCUCUUCUUCUUCUUCUGGUCAUGGCGCUUCCAAGUUCCUCGGCGACCUUCCUUCCCGAGGCUUCUUCUCUUCUACCGUUCCCUCCUCGAAUCCGGGAAGUAUGCGAGUCUAUAUCUGCCUUCACGAUACCUCACCACCAGAGGAUCAAGAAAUCAAGACAAACCAGCAGAAUAUACUUAUUAGAUCUUUAAUGCUUAAAAAUACCAGUUCAAAGGAUGGAAAGGGAGCAGCUGCAGCUGAGUCAUCUCGAAAGAGGGCUGGUGAAAAAAUUUCAGACAGCCGAGCAAAGAGGGCUGCACAAGUAUGUUCAAUCAAAGGAGCAUCAAACAAUGAAACACCAAGUAAGGAUCUACAGAAUUUGACUGUAGAGAGGCUGCGUGCCCUUCUCAAGGCUAAAGGCCUCUCGCUCAGAGGAAAGAAGGAUGAAUUAAUUGCUCGUCUGAGAAGUGCUGAUAGUUAGACAACCACUAAGAGAGUGAAACAUCUGCCAUCUGAAUCUUCAUCGGCAUAAGUAGGCAAACCAAACUAAGGAAGUUAUGGAUUACUGUUUUCUCAGUAUUUGAAUGUGUAAUUAGAGGUAGAGUGUACUUGGAAGUUGAACUGAUGGUAGUUUUUGGAAAACAAAAGCUAGUCAUUGCAAUGAUGAUGGGAAAAAACGUUCAUAGUUAAUUAUAGAGAUGAAGUACGAAAGUAUAUUUGUCAUUCUUCUUCUGAUCCAUUUUCCUGUAGAACUUGGCACAUGGAAAAUCGAUCCAUCUUAAUCAUAUUUGAAAUUCUCCAA